AUGUUUCUCAUUUGUGUUCCUGGAAACCUGUGUCCACCAGAGAGCUUUGAUGCUUUGCCAGUAGACAAGUAUGUGUUUGAGUGGAUGCGACAGGAUCCGGUUCCUUCUUUGGAAGAAACUGCUCUUGAACUGCUGAAAAUAGCUAUGCUACAUGAUAACGUAGUACUAGUGGGCCACUCGACAGGAGGACUUAUUUGUAUGCAAGCAGCACUCCUUGACUCAUCUGGAGCCAUUAAAGCCAUGGUGCUUGUGAAUACAGGUGCAAACACUAAUGGUCAUAAGGAUAUCAAAAGACACGUGAAAGAGCUCAGCAGUCAGCCUAUCACUGAUGUCUUUAUAGAUCAAUAUAUUGCCGCAAGAGUGCACAGUAUGGACUCCAUCAACAUGGACAUCUUGGCUGCCUUUAGAAAGUACUAUGAGUCACUUAGCGAGCCCAAUGUACGAGCUGCGAAAAUGCUUCAAUGUCAGGUAGAUGCGGAUCUGGUACCCGAAUUGAACAAAAUCAAUAUUCCUACUCUCAUUAUUCAUGGUGUUCUUGAUAGGGUGCGUCCAGUGCAAUUUGCACAGGAGAUACGGAGCCGCAUUCCAAAUUCAAAGCUAAGGAUUUUUAAUUGUGGUCACUGUCCCAACAUAGAGAUGCAAGGAGAAUUUGCCAAAGAAGUGUUAAAAUUUGUUUUUGAGUUGGGUGACGGAAAGGUGAUGUAA